AUGGGUAUGCUCGAUAACAAAGACCUCGUCCUGGCCAAGGGCUCCCAGAUCCUAGUUACAGGAUCCAAUGGAUACGUCGCCAGCAACAUUGUCCGAGAAGCGCUGGACGCUGGCUACAAGGUGCGGGGCACAUGCCGCUCCCAGGACAAAGUAACCAGGACGAAGCAGACGUUCAACCAUCCCGACUACGCCGGAGUUGUGGUUGAGAAUCUGGCAGAUGAAAAUGCAUUCGACGAAGCCGUCAAAGGAGCUGACGCCAUCAUCCACUGCGCUACUAUAUUCUCGCUUGACCCGAACCCCCACAACGUUGUCCUGCCUGUCGUAAAUGGUGUCAUCGGAAUUCUUAAUGCGGCUCUCAAAGAACCAUCCGUCAGCCGCUUCGUCUACACCAGCUCGUGCAGCGCCUGUACCUCGUCGAAGCCGAACACCAAAUUGAAGAUCGAUCGAAGCACGUGGAACACCGAGCUCGAGAAGUACGCCGACCUGCCGCCCCCCUACACACCGGACAUAGCCCCCCAUGUUUACGCUCUCAGCAAGAUGCGAGCCGAGACGGCCGUCUGGAACUUCGUCAAGGAGAAAAAGCCCCAUUUCGUCGUUAAUAGCAUCGUCCCAAGUUACAACGUUGGGCGGAUCAUCGAUAGUCCCGGUCUCUCGGGGCAGCUGGUCAUUGAUAUCUACCAGGGGAAGAUGCCCUGGUAUACCGACUCGGAGCAUGUUAUCAACGUGGUUGACUGUGCGAGACUGCAUGUUGCGGCCACCAUUGAUGGUUCGGUGGUCAAUGAGCGGGUUCUGGCCUUUCAUGAGCCGUUCAAUUGGAACGAUGUCAUCGAGGUCAUCAGGGAGUUGAAGCCGGAUGCAAAGGUCGUUGAUAUUAUGCCGGAUCUGCCGAGGGUUCUGAGCGAGGUUGAUAAUGCGCUGGGGGCAGAGCUUCUGAGGAAGUGGUGGGGCCAGAAGGGGUAUACUGGCCUGAAGGAGAGUAUUAGGCAGAAUAUUGAGGGCUUGGCUUGA